UGGGUGUCUUCCAGCUGUAGCACAGCCCCCAUAUGUAUUCUCCAUUCGCUGUCCUCUUAUUGUUAGUCACCCAGUCAUUUCCCUGAUGUGCAGAUCUUAAGUAGGCAUACUGAACAGAGAUGGGAAUGACAUACCUUUUCCUGAUAUUGGCAGUGUUUUCUGUUGUGGUCAAGAGUCAGCUCAAACCCCAGGUUUCCAUGGUCCUCACAUUCAAGCAAGUCUACUCUGGGGAUACAAUAAUUCUGAGUUGUGACAACAGCACAGGUAAGGUAAAAUGGUUCUUCAACAAGGUUGAGGAUCAAAAUCAAGCCAAGACAUGGAGCAUAAGGGCUGUCUCCGCUAAGAACUCCGGCUCAUAUCAGUGUGAGAACAAUGGACAGAAGAGUGACAACUUCAACAUCACAGUUCUAGAGUACCUUCCACCUGCCACUCUGUUGAUCAAGUCAGGGGAGCCAGUCAUCAACAUAGAUGGCUCAGUAGUCCUGGAGCUGCUGGUGGAGGAGGAUGAGAGUCUGAAUGGAUGGUGCUGUUGGGUGUACAAGGCUGGGAGAGUACAAAGAAUAACACUCAAGAAAAGUCUGACGACCGAAAAUCACAAAGUGUUGACCUUUCAACCCAGCAAACUGAAAGACAACGUCGCCAUCUACUGGUGUAGUGACGAGACUAACCUGAGGAGCACCCCCCUCACCAUCAAGACCUCAGACCGGGUCGUACGGAUGAUGAUAUUGCCUGGGCCUGCUUUUUUGGGGGAGAAACUGAGUCUGCGGUGUGUUGUGUCGGGGACCGACCGAAUUAGCCACACUAUAUUCUACAAGGAUAAACAGACGAUAAAAGACAGUUCCAGUUCUUCUCAUGUUAUCAACAAUGUGACCGAGUCUGACCAGGGGAUAUAUAGCUGUCAAGCCACCUUUACGCGAAGCGACAAAGGAAUGCCAAACACAGUCAACUCAACUCAACAAGAACUGAUUGUUUCAGCACCCCCUAUGAAGGCAGUUGUCUCGGAGUCCGCUGGCCUGUCCUGCUCAUGCUCCAGCUGCCCCAACGGCGCCUAUCACUGGUACUACAAACAGCACAAUCCUCAGUGGCUACCUAAAGGCAUCAGCGAAAGCUACACAGGUUUCAUGUCGGCUGGUAGUUACGCAUGCAGAGCAGUGUGGAAAAACGGGAGGUCUGCACUAAGCAAUAUCCAUCAUUAUGACGUCGACGCUCAAGAGACACAUGUGCUACUGAUCACCAUUGGGUUGAUCAUCUUGGGGGUUAUGCUGGUCAUAGGAGCCAUAGUCAUGUAUCGCAAGAGGAGGACUAGGGAAGAGGCCAUUUACCAAGAUAUGCCCCUGAUGACAGUGAAGUCGCAGGAUGGAGGAGACGGGGGGUACGAGGAGCUCCACAAAAAACAUGGUCCCAAGAGAGAGGGAGAGUACGACACCCUGAACACAACUCCAGCACAAGCAGCAGGAGGAGAGAAAACAGAGGGAGCGUACGAAGCGCUGAAGAAAGCGGAAGGAAAGGAGGAGGAGUACCACACCUUGGAGGAAGGAGCGGCGAAAGGUGGGGAUGGGGGGUAUGAAGCAUUGAAAAAGUCCAAAGAUGAGGGAACUGGGGAUCUGUACCACACCUUGGGGGAAAAGGGGGCGAAAGGUGGGGAUGGAGGAGAUGGGGGGUAUGAAGCGUUGAAAAAGUCCCAAGAUGGGGGAACUGAGGAUUUGUCCCAUGCUUUGGGGGCAGAAGGAGGCAAAGAGUGAGAUGGAGAGUUUGAAGCAUUGGAGAAGGCUAAGGAGGGGUAUACCGAUCUCUGGGAGCAGAAAGGGGAGAGGAGAAGUAGGCCUAGAUCUGAGACAAUAGGAAGUCCUGUAAUGACAAGAGGAAGCUAGUGUGUAGGAUAAUGCUUUUAUCUCUGUAAUGUGUGAAGUGUUUAAAAGGAGGGAUUUCAAUACUUACUUUUCUUUGUAAUAUUAGACAUUUUCAGUAUUGUUUUAGACCGAUAUCAACUGCAACACUGAAUGUUUGACAAAAAAUGUUUGUAUAUGUUUUGGUGUUGUAUACAUUUGAGCUUUAAGGCAAAUAUGCACUGUUCAUUAAUUAAGCACUUUCUCUUUUUUGGGUUACGAAUUAAACAGAGUCUGUAAUGUAAAUAGAAUGUAUAAAACAUAUUAUGCUUAAGUUGCACAGUAUCUGAGAUAUCUAAAUGCAGAACUCCAAACUGUAUAUUCAUGUCAUUUACAGUGGGCGGCAGUGUAACAUUGGUAAUAUGUCAUUAUGAUAAUUUAGUUUGCUGAAAUAAAGUAUUAGCAUAAUCAA